GCCUAUCGGUGACUGCGCAGCGGUUGUAUGUUUGGGGUUGUAAUUGGGGGCGUUUGUUGGAAGAAAAUUUAUUUCGAACUGCAGUAACCAUUGCAAGGAUGUCGGCAACUGAAACUGCGGGGGAUGAAUCGCUAUAUCCUAUUGCAGUUUUAAUUGACGAGCUUCGUAAUGAAGACGUGCAGCUCCGGCUUAACUCCGUGAAGAAGCUGUCAACAAUAGCACUUGCUUUGGGAGUGGAGCGCACCAGGAACGAGCUAAUUCCAUUCCUCACUGAGACCAUCUAUGAUGAAGAUGAGGUGCUUUUGGCCCUGGCUGAACAGCUGGGCAACUUCACCAAGCUUGUGGGUGGACCAGAAUAUGUCUACUGUCUCCUGCCAGCACUUGAGUCGCUGGCGCAGGUGGAAGAGACGGUGGUGCGUGACAAGGCAGUGGAGUCGCUGCGCGCCAUCUCUCAUCAGCACAACACGUCCGACCUAGAGGCGCACUUCGUUCCGCUGGUCAAGCGUCUGGCAUCCGGUGACUGGUUCACCUCCCGCACCUCCAGCUGCGGCCUGUUUGCCGUCUGCUACCCGCGCGUCAACGACAAGCUGAAAGCCGAGCUGCGGGUGAACUUCCGCAACCUGUGCCAGGACGACACUCCGAUGGUACGCCGCGCCGCCGCCAGCAAGCUGGGCGAGUUCGCCAAGGCCGUGGGCGUCGACCACCUGAAGUCCGAGAUCAUCCUCAUGUUCACCGACCUGGCCGGAGACGAGCAGGACUCUGUGCGGCUGCUGGCGGUGGAGGCGUGCGUCAGCAUCGCCUCGCUGCUGACACAGGCGGACGUGGAGCAGCUGGUGAUGCCCACCCUGCGCCAGUGCUCCGAGGACCAGUCGUGGCGGGUCAGGUACAUGGUGGCAGACCACUUCACGGAGCUGCAGACGGCCGUGGGCCCGGAGAUCACCACCGCCGAUCUGGUGCCGGCCUUCCAGUCGCUGCUCAAGGACUGCGAGGCCGAAGUGCGCGCCGCCGCUGCCCAGAAGGUCAAGGACUUCUGCCUCAACCUGGACCCGGCUACGCGCGAGACGCAGAUCGUCACGCACAUCCUGCCCUGCGUCAAGGACCUAGUGUCGGACUCCAACCAACACGUCAAGUCGGCGCUGGCCGGCGUCAUCAUGGGCCUGUCGCCCAUCCUGGGCAAGAACAACACGGUGGAGCACCUGCUGCCGCUCUUCCUCAGUCAGCUGAAGGACGAGUGUCCGGAGGUGCGGCUCAACAUCAUCUCCAACGUGGACUGUGUCAACGAGGUCAUCGGAAUACAACAGCUCUCGCAGUCCCUGCUGCCGGCCAUCGUGGAGCUGGCCGAGGACACCAAGUGGCGCGUCCGGCUGGCCAUCAUCAACUACAUGCCGCUGCUGGCCGGCCAGCUGGGCGUCGAGUUCUUCGACGAGAAGCUGAACCAGCUGUGCAUGACGUGGCUGGUGGAUCACGUGUUCGCCAUCCGCGAGGCGGCCACCGUCAACCUCAAGAAGCUGGUGGAGAAGUUCGGCUGCGACUGGGCGCAGAACGCGGUCAUACCGAAGGUGGUGGCCAUGGCGCGCGACCAGAACUACCUGCACCGCAUGACCUGCCUGUUCUGCAUCAACGUCCUGGCGGAGGCCUGCGGUGCGGAGAUGACGGUGAAACUGAUGCUGCCCACUGUCCUCGGUAUGGCGAGCGACCACGUGGCCAACGUCAGGUUUAACGUGGCCAAAACACUGCAGAAGAUGUGCCCUAUCCUGGAGUCGAGCGUGGUGCAGGCGCAGGUGAAGCCCGUGCUGGAGAAACUCAACUCGGACGCCGACUUCGACGUCAAGUUCUACGCGUCGGAGGCGAUAGCGGCGCUGGGAUAGGCUGGCUGGCCGACAGGCGCCGAGCGAGGGGUGGAGCGCCUGGCCGCGGCCAGGUCGGGCUCAGCGCGGCGCUUCAAGCGGGGCGCCGCCAGAGCGCGUGCGGGCGGAUGGCAGUGUAUGCGUGUUCACGUGCGUGGAGCUUGUCCUGUGUGCAGCGCGCCCAGGGCGCGACUUAUGUGGGGGCGAAGUCGUGGAUUGCGUGCGGCGGGACGUGGCUUACGUGCGCAAACUGUCGGAGAACUUAGUGUUUAGCAGCCUGGUACCGCGGACCGCUGUUCGUUACGCCGAUGCCGGAUGCUAGGGCCGGACGGGCCCGUGAGGUGUCUGUGAUCGGUGGAGGGAGAGGGGGGGGGGGGGGGGGGGGUUCUGAUCGGGUGAUAGGAGACUGGCUGACCGGGCAGACCGAGAACGACGUCGGGCUUGAGUGAGUGGGCAGGCGCCAGCACUCGCCGUUCUAUGGCAAUCCGUCGUGCAUCCCGUCGUGAUUUUAACAUUGGUCCUUAAUCGAGUGUAUCGCAGUUGCAAAAUAAACCGUAUGUCAAU